AAGAUCGUGUGCUACUAUGGCGCGUGGGCCAUCUACCGGGCGGAGCCGAUGAGCUUCCGCCCGUCCGACGUGCAGGAGCAGGGCUGCACGCACCUCAUCUACUCGUUCGCCGGCCUGCACAACAAGACGCUGGAGAUUGUCAGCCUGGACCCCAAGCUCGACAUUGAGAAGGGUGGUUAUGCCGAGGCGAUCGCUCUGAAGCAGAAGAACCCCCAGCUGAAGGUGAUGAUCGCAAUCGGGGGAUGGAACGAGGGCGGCAAGAAGUACUCUGACAUGGCCAGCACAGCCGCCAGCCGCACGCGCUUCGUCCGGUCGGCCACCGCCUUCCUCAUGGAGCACAAGUUCGAUGGACUGGACCUGGACUGGGAGUACCCUGGCGCCUCGGACCGCAACGGCACGUGGAGUGACAAGGAGAACUUCGCGCUGCUAGUGGAGGAGCUAUACGCGGCGUUCCAGCCGCACGGCCUGCUCCUCUCGGCGGCCGUCUCGCCGGCCGGCUUCCGCGUCAACGAGGGCUAUCACGUGCCGCGCCUCUCCGCCAAGCUGGACUUCAUCAACGUGAUGACGUACGACCUGCGUGGCCCCUGGGAGAACUUCGCCGACCAUCACUCGCCACUGCACCGCCGCGAGAGCGACAAGUGGAGCUUUGCCAAGCUGAACACGCGCGACGGGCUGAAGCUGUGGAUCGAGAAGGGGGCCGACCCCAAGAAGGUGCUGCUCGGUGUGCCGUUCUACGGCCGCUCGUUCAUGCUGCGAGGCGCCGACACGACGCCUGGAGCCGCCUCGACCGGCGCCGGCCCGCCGGCCAUGUACACCAAGGAGAAAGGCUACUGGGCUUACUUCGAGGUGUGCAAGACGCUGGCGCAGGAGCCGGGCUGGACGAUCAAGAAGGACGGCGCCGGCGGACCUUAUGCCUACAAGGACAAAGCCUGGGUCGGCUACGAUGAUUACUCAUACGUCUCCAAAAAGAUGGACCUGGUGAAGGAGCUGGGACUGGGCGGCGCCUUCGUCUGGGCGAUCGACCUGGACGACUUCCAGGGCGUGUGCGGCGGCAAGUGGCCCCUGCUCCGCGCUAUCAAUGAGAAGCUCAGCACCGACGGCAUGAUGACCAUGAAGCCCAUGACGACCAUGAAGCCCAUGACGACCAUGAAGCCCAUGACGACCAUGAAGCCGGACACCAUGAAGCCGGACACCAUGCCUGGGACAAUGACCACGAUGGAGUCCAUGACCACCAUGAAACCUAUGGCGACCGAGAAGCCUUCCACCAUGAUGGAGAAGCCGACCACGACGUCCUCCCCAUCGACCGGCGCGACGUCGCUGCCGUCGAGCCAGGACGAGUUUAGCUGCCCUGCGGACGGCUUCUUCCGCGACCCGCACAACUGCAAGGUCUACUACCACUGCUCCAACGGCAUGGGCCACAAGUCGGUCUGCAACGACGGCCUGGUGUUCGACAGCGAGAAGAACGUCUGCAACUGGGCGGACCAGGUGUCGGAUUGCCCGAGCGGUGCCGGCAUGGUCGAAGAGGAAGGACUCGACGGGCGCGAGCCGCCCACGUUCCAGUGCCCCCGCUCUGGCAGCGGGCUCUUCUCCAGCCCGGACGACUGCAGCAUGUACGUGUGGUGCAACCAAGGCCGCACGCACCAGCUCACCUGCGGGCCGCACAUGCACUUCGACACGCGCUCGGGCACCUGCAACUACCCCAACAGGGUGCAGUGCCAGCGCGGCGUGGCCACGCGCGUGGCCGGCAUUGGUGAUGACCUGGGCCCGGACAUGGUCGCCACUCGAGCCUCGCAAGACAACAAGGUGGUCUGCUACUUCACCAACUGGGCGUGGCGGCGCGAGGGCGGCUCGGCCUUCGCCCCAGAGAACAUCGACCCGACGCUCUGCUCGCACGUCAUCUACGAGUACGCCGUGCUCGACCCGAACGAGCUCACGCUCGUCUCAUUCGACGAGUGGACGGACUUUGACAACAACUUCAUCGCCCGGAUGCGGCAGCGGCUCGGUCCGCGUAAGCUGCUGCUGGCGCUCGGCGGCUGGACCGACUCGGCCGGCGACAAGUACAGCCGCAUGGUGGCCACGCGCGCCAGCCGCGCCAAGUUCAUCAGCUCGGCGCUCAGCUUCGUCACCGACUACGGCUUCGACGGGCUGGACCUGCAGUGGGCGUUCCCUGUGUGCUGGCAGGGCGACUGCACGGCCGGCGCCGCCGCCGACAAGGCGAACUUCGCCAUGCUGCUGAAGGAGCUGCGCGAGGUCUUCGACGCCAAGGACAACGACCUGCUCCUGACGGCCGCGGUGGCCGCCCACGACAACAUCGUCCAGAAGGCUUACGACGUCGGCAGCAUGAACAAGUACCUGGACUUCGUCAAUCUGAUGACGUUCGACUUCCACGGCGGCUGGGAGCCCAUCACUGGCCUGGUGGCGCCGCUCUACGGCUCGGACGCGUCCGACACCAAGAGCGUGGACGCGGCCGUCAAGCUGUACGCCCGCAUGGGCCUGGACAAGGCCAAGAUGGUGGUGGGCAUCCCGUUCUACGGCCAGUCGUACAAGCUGUCCACGGGCGGGCACAGCGUGGCGGCGCCGGCGGCCGGGCCCGGCCUGGCCGGCGAGAAGACGCAGCAGCGGGGUAUGCUCGCUUACCACGAGAUCUGCUUCAGGCUGCGGACUGGCUGGAUGUCGAAGAGGACGGCGAACGGAGAUCCCUACAUGUAUCUCAAGGACCAGUGGGUCAGCUACGAGGACGUCCAGUCCAUCAAGAAGAAGGCUGACUACAUCGCGUCCAAUGGUCUCGGUGGAGCCAUGGUCUGGACCCUGGACUUGGACGACUUCGAGAACAAGUGCUGCAGCGAGCCGCAGCCGCUGCUGCGCGCCGUGUCGCGCGCGCUGCGCGGCGUGCCGUCGGGCCCGGUGCAGGCCAGCUGCCAGCAGCCGCCGCCGGCGGUCACGCCCGCGCCGCCUCCGAUGACGACUACCUAUGACUCCGGCGCUGUUCAGCCCCCGACGACUACGAAACGACCCCGGCCAGCCUUUUCCGAGACCACCACCACCACCACCACCACCACUACCACGACAACUGAGAAGACGACUACCACCGCUCCCACUACCACUACCACCUCCACCACUACCCCAGCAACAACGAGCGCCGCCCCCACCGAAGCUCCGCACAUGACAAGCCCGGCGCCUGGCGGUCUCAAGUUCAACGCUAUCGGAUUCGCGGCCGACCCGGAGAGCUGUUCCUCCUACUAUCGCAAGACACCCGAGGGCCCAAUCAAACUGACCUGCUCAUCGCCACUUCACUUCAACCCGGAGUCGAGCCAGUGCGACUGGCCGGACGCGGUCAAAUGCCAGAUCAAGCAGGGAGUUAAGGGAGAGACGGAAGAGAUGUCACCAGAAAUGGCUGCAAGCAGUUCUACCGAGAAUCCCAGCACUUCCACCGCUCCCUCGACUACCACCACGACUACCACCACGACUACCACUACCAAGCCCACCACAAUGACCACCACUAUGACCACCACAACUAAGAGGCGCACCACGGUCGACGACGUGACGAUGGCUCCCGCUGAGAAGCCCAUGACAACCUCGGAGAACAUCCCGAGGACUGAGAAAUGCGAAGAUGGCACCUUCAGUCCUAUCCCGGGCACCUGCCAAGCGUACAGCUGGUGUCUGGGCGGCGAGAAGCUGACGCAGCAGUGUGCGCCAGGCCUGGUCUGGAAUCAGCAGCGCCAGAUUUGCGACUGGCCGGAGAACACCGAAUGCAGCUCGGGGGGUGGCGCCACCAUGGAGACGCCGUCGGCCAUGACUACGGCUUCGGCCCAAGAUCAGAGCACGACCAGUGCGAUGACAGCCACCGAGAAGCCGGCCAUGCCCGACACAGGAAUGACCACCCGCGACCCGUCCAUGUACAAGGUGGUGUGCUACUUCACGAACUGGGCUAUGUACCGCCCUGGCACCGGCAAGUACACGCCAGAGAACAUCGACCCUAGCCUCUGCACGCACAUCGUGUACGGCUUCGCCACGCUCGACUACUCGACCCACAAGAUCCGCAUCUUCGACCGCUGGGCGGACAUCGACGAGCCGAACAUGAUGUACAAGAAGGUGACCGAUCUGAAGAAGAUGGGCAAGAAGGUAUUGAUCGCGCUCGGCGGCUGGAACGACUCCAUGGGCAACAAGUACAGUCUGCUUGUCAACAACCCUGCGUUCAGGAAGAUUUUCAUCGACGACGUCCUGGAGUUUAUCAAGGAACAUAACUUUGAUGGACUCGACCUGGACUGGGAGUACCCCAAGUGCUGGCAGGUGGACUGCAGCAAGGGCCCCGACAGCGACAAGCCGGCGUUCGCGGCCUGGGUGCGCGAGCUGAAGGAGGCCUUCAAGCCGCAUGGCUACCUGCUGUCGGCCGCCGUCUCGCCCAGCAAGCAGGUUAUCGACAAUGGGUAUGACGUGGCCGAGGUUAACAAGUACUUGGACUGGAUCGCCGUCAUGACGUACGACUUCCACGGCCACUGGGACAAGAAGACCGGACACGUGGCACCUUUCGAGGCCCAUCCUGAGGACGACUACGACUACUUCAACAUGAAAUCAGCCAUCGAGUACUGGAUCGAAAAGGGCGCCGACGCCAGGAACAUCGUGAUGGGCAUGCCGUUGUACGGCCAGUCCUUCACGCUGACGAGCGCCUCCAACAACGGCCUGAACGCGCCCAUCUCGGGUCCGGGCUCGGCCGGCGAGGCCACCCGCGCCCGCGGCUUCCUCUCCUACUACGAGAUCUGCAAGCGCCAGCAGGAAGGCUGGACGACGGUGCAGGAUCCGCUGAAUCGCAUGGGACCGUACGCCUACAAGGGCAACCAGUGGGUCUCCUUCGACGACGAGGCUUCCAUACGGCGCAAGACUCAGUGGAUCAAAACGAUGGGCCUUGGCGGAGGCAUGAUCUGGGCGCUCGACCUGGACGAUUUCAACGGCGUCUGCUCACAGAAGAAGUACCCGCUGCUGACGAUUAUCGCGGACGGCCUGCUGAGGAACACCGCCGGAAUGGGAGGCGAGACCAUGGGUCCUGGAUCCGCAGGAAUGGGCGCUGAGAAACCAGAUAUGGGCGUGGAGAAGCCAGAUAUGGGUGCCGAAAAGCCGGAUAUGGGCAUGGAAAAACCAGAUAUGGGUGCCGAAAAACCGGAUAUGGGUACAGAGAAGCCAGAUAUGGGUGGUGAGAAACCGGACAUGGGUGGUGAAAAACCGGACAUGGGUGCUGAGAAACCGGAUAUGGGUGCUGAGAAACCAGAUAUGGGUAUGGAAAAGCCUGAUAUGGGCACUGGGUCUACGGACAUGGGCUCCGGUACGGACAUGGGCGCUGAAAUGUCCGGGCCGCCUGCACUGGGUCCGUUCGGGCCCGCGGCUGAAGGCGAGUACAAGGUGGUGUGCUACUUCACCAACUGGGCCUGGUACCGGCCCGGCGAGGGCAAGUACAGACCGUCCAACAUCGACCCUGACCUCUGCACACACAUCAUGUACGGCUUUGCCGUGCUCAACGGUGACCAGGGCAUCAUUCGGCCGCACGACAGCUGGGCCGAUCUCGACAACGAGUUCUACGCCAAGGUGACCGAGUUCAAGAAAAAGGGCAUCAAGGUGAUUCUGGCGCUGGGCGGCUGGAACGACUCCCGCGGUGAGAAAUACAGCAAGCUCGUCAACAAUCCGGAUCGCCGCAGGCGCUUCGUGGAGCAGGCGGUGGAGUUUGUGACGAAGUACAACUUCGACGGCCUCGAUCUGGACUGGGAAUAUCCCAAGUGCUGGCAGGUGGACUGCAGCAAGGGCCCCGAGUCGGACAAGACAGCAUUCACGGCCUGGAUUCGUGAGCUGAAGGAGGCGUUCGAACCGAAGGGCCUGCUGCUCACUGCCGCCGUGUCGCCCAACAAGAAGGUCAUCGAUGCUGGAUACGAGGUGCCCAUGCUCUCCAAGUACCUGGACAUCAUCUCGGUGAUGACGUACGACUACCACGGCCACUGGGACAAGAAGACCGGACACGUUGCUCCCAUGUAUGAACACGCCACCGACGAAGUCAAGUAUUUCAACACGGACUUCACCAUCAAGUACUGGAUCGAGCAGGGCGCUGACCCCAAGAAGAUUGUGAUGGGCAUGCCCAUGUACGGCCAGUCGUUCGGCCUCGCAGACACGAGCGUGAACGGACUGAACGCGCGGGCGUACGGCAAGGGUGAGGCCGGCCGCUUCACGCGCGCCGGCGGCUUCCUCGCCUACUACGAGAUCUGCCACAAGAUCAAGACGCAGGACUGGACGGUGGUCAAGGACCCCAAGCUGCGGAUGGGCCCGUACGCCUACCGCGGCAGUCAGUGGGUGUCGUUCGACGACGUGGAGACGAUCCGCUACAAGUCCAACUACGUCCGCCACAUGGGUCUAGGCGGCGGCAUGAUCUGGGCGCUCGACCUGGACGACUUCAGGAACCGGUGCGGCUGCGAGGCGCACCCGCUGCUCAAGACGAUCACAAACCGCGUGCUGCGCAAUAACCCGGAGGGCCAGUCCUACCGGAGCUGCAGUCCUGGCAGCAAGUGCACGCAGGAGGGCGGCAAGUUCCCCAGCGUCGAGUGUGACAAAUACUACACCUGCGUGCACGGCUCCCUGAUGGACAUGUACUGUCCUCCCGGCACUCACUACAACAGGGAGAAGACUCAGUGCGACUGGCCGGCGUCGGCCAAGUGCCCGACGGCUGGCCAGACGGAGAGCUCGAGCUCCGGCUCUGGGGGUCAGACCAUCACCAGCCCGGCCCGGCCUGGUAUCACGGUCACCACCACUCCGGCGGCGCCCACCACCAGCACGGAGCCGGGCAUGACCCAGGACACCGGCUACAAGGUGGUCUGCUACUUCACCAACUGGGCCUGGUACAGGUGA